AUGUCUUCUUUCAAGCAUAACCACUCACUGAGCCCAAUUUUGGCUGUCGAGUUUUACCAUACUUCUACUGGUAAAUUGUUAAUUCUUGCUGCUGAGGGUCCUUCUUUAAAGAUUUAUGAUGCCAAAACUUCCAGGCAGAUUGGUCAAUGUAGAGUCUUUGACUCACAGGCGAUUCACGGUAUCAUCAUUAGAGAAUUGAAUAAUGAUUCCACAGACGAUUUACAGGUAGUUAUUUGGGGUGGCCAAUGUUUGACCUUAAUCCGCAAAUCGCAAAUUGAGGAAAUCAUAUCUCAACAUGUGACCAGUAUCACGGAAACUGCAACAUCAGCCAGUGACUGGGUUCUCAGUGUUGCUUUUUGUCCUUGGGAAAAUGAUGGCUGUGUCAUGGUCACUGCUCACAAUGCAAUGGUUCAAGCAACGCUAUCAAAAGAAGACAGAACCAUAAGAUUGCGUCAACUACAACCUUCGUCGCGAUCUAUGUUGUACUCUGCAAGUCUCGUUUGCGAGAAUCAAGAUACUGUCAUAGUUGCAGCAGGAACUAUCUUUGGCGAGAUCAUUGUUUGGAAAUGUGUUGCUGCUGAAGAUAACUCUACAUUCCACAAUGAAGCCCUCUUUGUUUUCACUGGUCACGAGGGUUCCAUUUUUGGAGUGGAUAUAUCUCCACCGAUCAUGGGCCGUGAUGGAAAGACCACACGAUUGCUAGCGAGCUGUAGCGACGAUCGUACAAUACGGAUAUGGAAUCUUGCGGAGGGCUCGCAAAAUGAUGCAGAUGCUAUGAAGCUAGCUGCUGACUUACUGCCAAGAGAGACAGGUUUUGGAGAGACAGCAAAAUCCCAGCAAGACUCCAAUGGCUUCAACCGAUGUAUUGCGGUAACAAUGGGUCAUGCGUCUCGUAUAUGGGGUGUCAAAUUUCACUGUCCUGAUAGAUCAACAUUUGGAACCUUGCCAAUCACUAUUCUUUCUUUUGGAGAAGAUUCAACAGCACAGCAAUGGACACUAGAACUUGGGAGCGAGCUUCAAAAUGGAAGCAAAACCUCUGAUGUUUCUAAACCUAGCUCAAAUAAUCUUGCUAAGUUAACACAUAUCAAGACAUUUGCAUUCCAUACUGGAAAGCACAUUUGGUCAGCAGCUAUUACUCAAAUCGAAAACAAUCAGAAUUUACUUGUCACUGGUGGAGCAGAUGGAAAGAUCUCAACAUAUUUUUUUGAAGAGGAGAGAAAAACAAGUCCAACUCCUAUCGACGGAUCGAGCAAUAAUGCCGUGGAAGACUCUGCAAUGGAUAAUUUUGUCGAAGGCUCAUAUUACUCGGUAGCUUUCGAGCUCGAAGAUGUGUUGAAAUCUCUUACUAACGUUGAAACUUGUUCCAAUCAGGAACAUGAGCAAGAGUCCGUCGUAUCGAAGAAGAACAAGAAGGCGCCCAAAGAUGCCUUCAAUCGCUAUGCAUUCGUUUCUGAAAGUGAUUUCCUGAUUACGACAACAUUUGGAAGAAUUCUCAAGGCCACUGUUAGAAAUCCGGUCAAGUUCGAAGAAAUUUUUCUACCCGAAUCCAGUACUCAAGACCUCAAGUCAUAUUCUAUUUUGAAAGGAAACUCAAAUCUGGGAUUAUGUGUCUUGGCGGGCACUACCGGGAAGAUAUUCUUGUAUCAACCAGGACUGCCCAUUGUUCAAAUAGGACAAGUUGAGCGAAAACCAUCGGAUGUUUUCAUCGUCCCAGGAAACGAUAAUAAAUCAGUUGAAUUGUUGGUUACAUUAUUAGGAAGUCAAGAACUGACAAUAUUGUCUUUUAACCUGGAAUCUUCUGGGUCACAACCUAUUAUCGACAGAAGGACUCUCUCGUUGCCCCCGAAAUUUAUAGUCACAGGUGCUGGUACAUGUAACGGCAAUCUUAUCAUUGGCUCUAGAGAAGGCCAAAUCGCGGUACAGGACACCGACACAAAUACGAUGAGCACCUGGAACUCGCCUGGCAAAAAGGAUGCUAUUACUUCCAUUGUUGCUGUACCCAAGACCGAUUCUCAGCAAAUCACAAGUUAUUUCGCAAUCACAAGUCGGGAUGGGUUAUAUGCCAUAUUUUCAUACAAUAAUGAAGCUACGCCAAAAAUUUCGCACGUACAUUGUGCUGCACCACCAUUUGGACCCAUGAUUGAAGCUUGUUGGUUUCAAGGUUCUGAUUUAAUCCUAUAUGGAUUUAAAAGCAAGAGUCUUAUCGUAUGGAACGAGACGAAACAGUCUGAGAUUAUGCGUAUUGAUUGCGGAGGUGCACAUCGAGCUCAUGCUUAUUCUCCAUUCGAGGGAGUGCAAGGAGGUGGUAGUGGUCAUUUGAUAUAUACAAAAGCAUCACAACUAUUCCUUCAUUCCCAGAGAGUUCCUUCUCAUCGCACCAUAAAAUCCGGUGGUCACGGGCGAGAAAUAAAAACCUGUGCAAUAGGAGGCUCUCCCCAAAUGAUAGCCACCGGUGCUGAAGACACAAAUAUCAGAAUCUGGCGUUACGAAAACAACCAUAUUCAAACCCAGGAUCAAACCCUCACCUGCCUCUCCACAAUCCAAAAACACACAGCAGGUCUCCAACAUCUUCACUGGCACAACUCGCACUAUCUCUUCAGCAGCGGCGGCGUCGAAGAAUUCUACAUCUGGCGCAUCCAAUCCAUCCCUGGCUUCGGUCUCGGAGUCAUUUGCGAAGCUUCUUGUCCCGAUCCUACUGCCGAACAGGAUUUACGCAUUAUGUCUUUCGACGUAUCUGAUCUUCCUGGAAGGGAUCACGAAGAAAUGAUCAUCACGCUUGCGUAUUCAGAUUCGACCAUGCGCACAUAUCUCUACUCGAGAAUCGGCGGAUGGAAAUUACUGGUCAGGGGUCAAUAUACAUCUGCAUGUUUAAUGCAAAUAGGCCAUCUACACAUCUCUCGCUCGGAACUCACGUUCCUAACUGCGGCUACGGAUGGAAGUCUCUGUAUCUGGAGCGCUCCUCUCGAUCUCUCCCAUCAACCUCAAGACCCCGCAGAAAUUCCAACCUCCCUCCCACAAAUCUCCAAACCCAUCCUCAUCUCCCACACCAAAACUCAUCAAAACGCCAUCAAAACCCUCGCCUUCAAAUAUAUCUCCGCUGCAUGUCUCGUCGUCAUCACCGGCGGCGACGAUAACGCAAUCGGUAUAACACUGUAUCCCAUCUCCGUCUCCUCUCCCGGCCUCCAUACAAAUCCCCAUACUUUCCAGAAACCCAUCACCAUACUCCUCCCCGGUGCACACGCAGCCGCUGUUACAGGCUUAGUAUUUAUCCCUCAUCCUCAUCCUCAUCUUCAUCUUUGCUCUGCAGAAACUGCAGAUACUGCAGAAGAGAAGAAAGAGGAUAUGUAUAUCAUAUCUUCUAGUACCGAUCAGCGGGUCAAGACGUGGCGGGUUGGGAUCUCUCUCUUUUUUACAGCUAUAUCUACAGCUACAUCUACAUCCACAGGUGCAAGAGAAGAAGAGACAUGUCCGGUAGAUAUCGAGAUGAUUGGGGAUGAAUUUACGGCGGUGAGUGAUAUUGGGGAUGUGGGAUUAAUUCCUGGGGCAGAUGGGAAUGGGAAUGAGGCGAAAGCGAUUAUUGUCGGGAAUGGAAUGGAGAUAUGGGGGUUAGAAGAGACGAAGUAG